AUUUUAGUUUACGUGCAGUCUGCAUUAAUCUGUACAAUUGACCUAAUCGAGCCUCAUCACUUUCACCCCGAUUUUGUUUGUUUUGUUUUUCUCCCGUUAUUUUUAAAUAAUUUGUUAAAUUGUGUACAUACGUUUUUGUAUUACUAUUCCCUCCCCCCCUCCCCAAUAAAUUCUCCAGAAUGGAACUCAAUUCUCUUCUAAUUCUUCUUGAAGCAGCAGAGUAUUUGGAAAGAAGAGACAGAGAAGCUGAACACGGUUACGCGACUGUUUUACGAUACGACAGCGACCUUUGCAGAAAGAAAACAUCUUCGCCAAUUUUAAGGAAAUCUCACAAUAACAGGUCGUCACACAAUGAGCUGGAAAAACACAGACGUGCCAAACUGCGACUGUACCUGGAGGAGUUGAAACAGCUUGUGCCUUUGGGUCCUGAUAGCAACCGUCACACCACACUGAGCCUGCUCAAACGUGCCAAAAUGCACAUCAAGAAGCUUGAGGAACAGGACAGGAAGGCUGUAAAUGUGAAAGAACAGCUGCAGAGAGAACAUCGCUACCUCAAACGGCGCCUGGAGCAGCUUUCUGUACAGGGCUUAGAACGCAUUCGCACUGACAGCAUGGGCUCCACUAUCUCCACUGACUCUGAGCAAGAUGUGGACGUUGACAUAGAGGGGAUGGAGUUCACACCAGGCGAGGGUGAUAGCGUGGACAGUGUUAGCGAUGGUGAGGACCACUUCAGCCUGCAGAGCAGCUCCAGCGACGGAGGUCUCCAUUUACAUUCCCAGAGACUACAGGCUCACAUCUGCUAGGUUGUGCCAGACCACAACUUCCGACAUGCCCAUCAGCCCUCAGCUGGCAGGAAGCACCUGGCUGAGCCUCCUCAUGUGAUUUCCACUCAUCAGAAAACUCUUUCCUCUCCCAACCCUUUAAAUCAGCCCUACAAGAAGACACAGACUAGCAGUCUGUGGUUUUGGUGGGAACAUAUGUAGUGUGGUAAUGCAGUUUUGACUUGUCUGUUCAGUUGUGUAUUUAUGUACUAUAAAACUGAGAAACAGAGGCUCUGUUCCAAAACCUAAGAAGCUGCCUUGAUGUCUGCUGGACAGUUUACAUGGGCAGCUAUGUAGUGAGGCAGCAACCUAAAUGAAAUGGAACAUUUUAGGUGACUGAAUUGAAACACUCUUUCUAGGCAGAAACCGUUAACGCUCACGACACACAAAAAGCAGUUUUCAUGUGAAGUGUAGAUGUCAUAGGUGUCUUUUAACACUUUUUGCCAUUGCUGAUUUUGUCCCCACCGCUUCAUGAAAUAGCUUGCGUCAGGUAUGUAUCUAAUAAUCUAAUCUAAGUCUUCACUGGAGUUUAUAGUUUUUAGUGUUUUGCUGUGUUUGCAUCGAUUGUCCAAAGUAGCAAAAUGUUCAAUGCUUGGCAAUGUUCUCUUUUGCACACUCGCACUCUUCUUCUCUGUCGCUCAUCUGCUGCCCGCUCUCCGAUCCAGAUAAAUAACAAAACCAAAUACAAACCACAACAACGACAAAAAACAUAUUAUGGGAUUCAAUUAAACGCUGAACCCCUUGAAUCCAAAACCUAAAGCUUAGACCAACAAGUCAUGGCUUCACAUCAGGAGUGAGCGAAUGAUGCCUACAGAUGCUGUCUUGGCAGGCAACUCACUAGGUGUUGGAAUAGAGCUUGCAUGUUAGUUAAAAUAAUAGAGAGAGAAAUGAUGCGUGUACUUUUGUAUGAAUUUGAGGGGGGAAAAAUUCAUUUACAGUAUUUUGCAUAAUGGGUUUGAACAAGAUCUGUCUGUUGUGCACAUCCCACAUACUCAUAUAUUUUUCUUCUUUCAGUAGUAAAUGAUGUAGCAUAAACAUGGAAAGCUGUGGCUUUCUCAUGCAUUGAUAAUUUUGGACCAAGGCUUGGAAGAUGAGUAGGCCAAUUCAUUAAUCUCCUCUCACCUGCUCCUUCUGAACUAAAAAAUACAACAUACUUUUAACUAUACAGCACAUUUAUCACAUUCAUUUGCUUAGCUUGUAUCUGUGUGAGGCCAGCACUCAAACUGACAUGUCAAAACUGUACGUGUAAAGGUGUAUGGGUGGAAAAAGCUCUUUGUUGAGGUGUUGGUACCAUCCUAGAAUUACAUUCAUUUCUACAGUGUAUUGUUCCCUUCUUUAUGUUCAAUGUAGAUGACAUCACCAUCAUUCUUUAAGGUCUAAUGCAGUAUAUUUGCAAUACAGUGUGCAAUAUUUAGUAUAAAAAAGAGGGUUCUUAGAGUUGGGUACUCCAACAUCCACAGACAGACCCAGUCUGCACAGCAGGUUUGACCAAAAAAGUGAGAGAGAAAAAAAGACUGAAUUGUAGUAUAUUUUCUAAAGUAACAUUUGUAUUUUAUUUUCCUAAAUGUUCCUUAGUUGAAAGACAAAAAAAAGAAGAGUAUAUGAAAAUUAUAAAAAGUAAGGCCAGGCUUGGUUCUUACGACAAUUUGGGCUUUUGUCCCUUAGAUUUCCCACUGUCAUGCCGUGCCUUGGUGACUUGCCAUGUCCAUGUUCCUCUCGUUUCCUUGACACAUCGCUCCAACCCUGCUCAAAUAAACUGCCAGUCUCCAUCCUCAGGCCUUAGAAUAGACUCUUCCUCAUGCUUUUGGCAAAAAGUAAUGAGGAAUAGGCGUGUUGUAACUAUCAGUUAGUCACCUUUGACUACAAUUAAAAGCUCUUGUCUCUUCAUUCUCUGAAAACCUGCUUUCCUUUCUGUGUGCCAGGCAACAUCAGCUUCUCCUUUAAAAACAUCAUCUAAUCAACUCUGACCUUACGCCUGAAAUGUGUUUUGUAAUUCAGAAAGCGAAGUGAAGACUUUAGGAGAAGAGCAUCGAAAUCAAUAAUUAAUGGCAGCUCAAGACCCCCAAUGGUAGUUCCUGUUCUAGUGUUAAAUCAUAGUAUGGAUUCCUAUGCCAGUAGGAGCAAAAAUGCAGCAAUUUGAAUAUGAUUUUUGUUGUUUGUUUUUCAAAGGGGUGGAUGUAAAGCAGCCCUGUUUCAAAACUAUGGGGCAUUUGUAACCAACAUUUUUGUGAAAGUGAAUAUAACAUUGAUUUUACCUCUCCACUUCAAUAUUGAAAGGAGGGAGCAAAUAUGUUUUUUUCAUGUCUUUUUCUUUUACUUUAAUGAAAGCUACAUUGUUCAGGAAGAGUUUACAUUUAUGUCAUGGGUAUGCCUGACUGUUCGUAGCAAAACAUAUUAUUCAGUGUGUUCCAUUAUAUUGAACAAGUGGCUUGCAAAUUAAUACCAACAAAAAAACCUCUUGCACAGAACCUCCCAUUGACAUGGUUUAGUUGGAAGUUUAGAGAAUUGGACUUGUGGGUUACGUAUGAGAUUUUAUGAAAUCUCUGAGAUUUUAGCUUUCAAAUUACAUGCUACAUAAUUUUGCAUGUGAAGUCGUGAAAUUUAGCUAAAGAUCAGUUAUGCAAUAGCAAUGUGAUGAAAAAAAUAUACUUUAUGACAGUGCUAUUCAGUUGCAGCAUGGUUUUGGAGGAAAGCUUUAAAACACUAAACUGAGUACGUCAACUGACUGGAACUAUAAUUAUGUGAAUCUUAGAUCCAUCUUCCAUCACUCCAAAGAGAGAGAGAAAGAGAGAGUUUUAUCCACUAGGAAAACACAAAUGAUGAUGUUGUUGGUCUAGAAAGAUGGAGCCUUCAACAAAAGCACAUGGGCUUCUGAAACAGAUCAGAUCAGAGUGACAAAUAAAAAAUGUAGCUAUAAAAAACAAAUCCUCUUACCCUUGGUAUACAUGUAAUGGCACUAAAAGAAAGAACUUCAAUAAAACGUUUCCUGCCGUAUAAGUGACAUUUUAUUUUUCUAAGUAACCCCUUCUCAUUUUAGGAGACAUCAGGUGUAAUUUCAGAUUUAUAUCUUUAUAUGAAUAGCCUAUAGAUUUGUAAGUCAUAUUUUCUGUGCACCAUGCUUAUUCCCCUGCUUUUAUUUGUUAAGUGUUAAUGCAGCAUUUUGUUGACAGGUCAGAGAUUUUGGCAUGGAUCACACAAUCCAUACAUGUUGUUAUGAGAGAAACUUGUUAAUGUUAGCGUUGAAAGGAGGAGCUUGUGACAUACUGUGCUUCACUGAAGGAGGGUUCUGUGCCUGUGAACAGAUUUCCUUUUAGAAAAUUAGUAAUAUGCAUUCAUAUAUAAUAUUAUAAAGGUCGCCCCCCCCACCCAACCCAUUUGUGUGUACACAAUUACAUGGUGCUGGCUAUGUUUUGAGCCCACACUUUGAGGUAUAAUGUAUUCUUGUAUUGUAAUACAAAUGAUUAAAAUGUUUUAUACACA